CAGAGAAGCCGAGCGCUCCAAGCUCAGAAACUGCUAGAGGAGAUCACAGGCUGUGAGGCUGAGACAGGAGGAGGGAAAAAGGACUGGAAGGGAGACAGACAGAUUAGAGGGAAAGAGUCUUGGGAAGGAAACCACGGAGAAGAAACUGCUCAUCAUACUAACAGACAGUGGAGAUAAGGACCGAGAAAGACAAGACUAUGAAAGCCAAAAAAUACAAAUAGAGGAAAAAAAUGCCAAGAAGAACAUCCAUCCGGAGAAAUGAAGAGAAUGAAAGUUUUAUGCUGCAGAGCCGUUCUGUGCUUUUUCGGCACAAAAUUCUCUCGCUGUUUUUAAGCCCUUUUGCAUUUGCCAGCAGUUGACAUUAAGAGGCAUGUUCAGCGGUGCCAGCUGCAUCUUCUCUUCCUUCACCUCUUCAUCUUCCUCCUCCUCCUUCUCCUCCUUUUCCUUCUCCUCCCAUCAGCAAGAAGACAAACCGAGGACAGUCUUGAAAUAUCGAAAUUUCCUCCUUGGGAUUUGCCAGCGCCGCGUUGCGCCAAGACUGUGCGAAUAAAGGACGCUGACUAUUGUAUUAUCAUUAUUUUAUUAAUUGGUCAGUGGGAAGAUUACAGAUGAGGAAAGGGGACGCCUGUCACCCUUCCUGCGCUAAGAUUGAAAAAUGAGGUUGGACUGGGGGAAGCCCUAAAAUGAAGCAAAAGGAAUAAGAUUUUUAACGACAGAAAGCCACAGAAGCUCCCCACGUAGCGCACUUUUAUUUGUAUUUUUUUUUUUCGUGGUGGUGGGGGAGGUGAUCGGGUGGCUGACUGGCUGCGGGAAGCUGCUUCCUUUCCCUUUGGAGAUGAUUGUGCUAUUAUUCUUUGCCUUGCUCUGGAUGGUGGAGGGAGUCGUUUCCCAGCUUCACUACACGGUACAGGAGGAGCAGGAACAUGGCACUUUCGUAGGGAAUAUCGCUGAAGAUCUGGGCUUGGACAUUACAAAACUUUCUGCUCGCAGAUUUCAGACAGUGCCCAACUCAAGGACCCCUUACUUGGACCUCAACCUGGAGACCGGGGUGCUGUACGUGAACGAAAAGAUCGACCGCGAGCAAAUUUGCAAGCAGAGCCCCUCCUGCGUCCUGCACCUAGAGGUCUUCCUGGAGAACCCCCUGGAACUGUUCCGGGUGGAGAUCGAGGUCUUAGACAUCAAUGACAACCCCCCCUCCUUCCCGGAGCCGGACCUGACAGUGGAGAUAUCCGAGAGCGCCACGCCGGGCACCCGCUUCCCCUUGGAGAGCGCAUUCGACCCAGACGUGGGCACCAACUCCCUGCGCGAUUACGAGAUCACCCCCAACAGCUACUUCUCCCUGGACGUGCAGACCCAGGGAGAUGGCAACCGAUUCGCCGAACUGGUGCUGGAGAAGCCGUUGGACCGAGAGCAGCAAGCGGUGCACCGCUACGUGCUGACCGCGGUGGACGGAGGAGGAGGGGGAGGAGGAGGAGAAGGAGGAGGAGGCGGCGGGGGAGGGGGCCUGCCCCCCCAGCAGCAGCGCACCGGCACAGCCCUACUCACCAUCCGAGUGCUUGACUCCAACGACAACGUGCCCGCCUUCGACCAACCCGUCUACACUGUGUCCCUACCAGAAAAUUCGCCCCCGGGCACGCUCGUGAUCCAGCUCAACGCCACGGACCCAGACGAGGGCCAAAACGGCGAGGUUGUGUACUCCUUUAGCAGCCACAUCUCGCCCCGGGCGCGGGAGCUCUUCGGACUCUCUCCGCGCACUGGCCGGCUAGAGGUGAGCGGCGAGUUGGACUAUGAAGAGAGCCCGGUGUACCAAGUGUAUGUGCAAGCCAAAGACCUGGGCCCCAACGCCGUGCCUGCGCACUGCAAGGUGCUGGUGCGAGUACUAGAUGCUAAUGACAACGCUCCAGAGAUCAGCUUCAGCACCGUGAAGGAGGCGGUAAGCGAAGGCGCCGCGCCCGGCACAGUGGUGGCCCUGUUCAGCGUGACAGACCGUGACUCCGAGGAAAAUGGGCAGGUGCAGUGUGAGCUGCUGGGGGACGUGCCGUUCCGCCUCAAGUCUUCCUUCAAAAACUACUACACUAUCGUGACUGAGGCCCCCCUGGACCGAGAGGCGGGGGACUCCUAUACCCUGACUGUGGUGGCCCGGGACCGGGGCGAGCCGGCGCUCUCCACCAGUAAGUCGAUUCAGGUGCAAGUGUCAGAUGUGAACGACAACGCGCCGCGCUUCAGCCAGCCGGUCUACGACGUGUAUGUGACCGAGAACAACGUGCCGGGAGCCUACAUUUACGCGGUGAGCGCCACGGACCGCGAUGAGGGCGCCAACGCCCAGCUAGCCUACUCUAUCCUCGAGUGCCAGAUCCAAGGCAUGAGCGUCUUCACCUACGUGUCCAUCAACUCCGAGAAUGGCUACUUGUACGCCCUGCGCUCCUUCGAUUAUGAGCAGCUCAAGGACUUCAGCUUUCAGGUGGAAGCUAGGGACGCUGGCAGCCCCCAGGCGCUGGCAGGCAACGCCACCGUCAACAUCCUCAUUGUGGAUCAGAACGACAACGCUCCUGCCAUCGUGGCGCCCCUACCAGGACGCAACGGGACUCCGGCGCGCGAGGUGCUGCCGCGCUCGGCGGAGCCGGGUUACCUACUCACCCGCGUGGCCGCCGUGGACGCGGAUGACGGCGAGAACGCCAGACUCACCUACAGCAUCGUGCGAGGCAACGAAAUGAACCUCUUCCGCAUGGACUGGCGCACCGGGGAGCUCCGCACAGCGCGCCGGGUGCCAGCCAAGCGCGACCCCCAGCGGCCUUACGAGCUGGUGAUCGAGGUGCGCGACCACGGACAGCCGCCCCUGUCUUCCACAGCCACUCUGGUGGUGCAGCUGGUGGAUGGCGCUGUGGAACCCCAGGGAGGGGGCGGUGGCGGUGGUGGGGGGUCGGGGGAGCAUCAGCGCCCCAGCCGCUCCGGUGGCGGGGAGACAUCACUGGACCUCACCCUCAUCCUCAUUAUCGCCCUGGGCUCGGUGUCCUUCAUCUUCCUGUUGGCCAUGAUCGUGCUGGCCGUGCGUUGCCAAAAGGAGAAGAAGCUCAACAUUUACACGUGUCUGGCCAGCGAUUGCUGCCUCUGUUGCUGCUGCUGCGGCGGUGGGGGCUCGACCUGCUGCGGCCGCCAAGCCCGGGCGCGCAAGAAGAAACUCAGUAAGUCCGACAUCAUGCUGGUACAGAGCUCAAACGUACCCAGUAACCCGGCCCAGGUGCCUGUAGAGGAGUCCGGGGGCUUUGGCUCCCACCACCACAACCAGAAUUACUGCUACCAGGUCUGCCUGACCCCAGAGUCCGCCAAGACCGAUCUGAUGUUCCUGAAGCCCUGCAGCCCCUCUCGGAGUACGGACACUGAGCACAACCCCUGCGGGGCCAUAGUCACUGGCUACACCGACCAGCAGCCCGACAUCAUCUCCAAUGGAAGCAUUUUGUCCAACGAGACUAAACACCAGCGAGCAGAGCUCAGCUAUCUAGCUGACAGACCUCGGCGAGUUAACAGUUCUGCAUUCCAGGAAGCUGACAUAGUAAGCUCUAAGGACAGUGGCCACGGAGACAGUGAACAGGGAGAUAGCGAUCAUGAUGCCACCAACCGCGGCCAGUCAGCUGGUAUGGAUCUCUUUUCCAACUGCACUGAGGAAUGUAAGGCGCUGGGCCACUCAGAUCGGUGCUGGAUGCCUUCGUUUGUCCCUUCUGAUGGACGUCAGGCUGCCGAUUACCGCAGUAAUCUGCAUGUUCCCGGCAUGGACUCUGUUCCAGACACCGAGGUGUUUGAAACUCCAGAAGCCCAGCCUGGGGCAGAGAGGUCUUUUUCCACCUUUGGCAAAGAGAAGGCCCUUCACAGCACUCUGGAGAGGAAAGAUCUGGAUGGACUGCUGUCUAAUACACGAGCGCCUUAUAAACCACCAUAUUUGAAUCGUUUUCAUCAUCUUUCUUGUUUUGUACAUUGGAAGUAA